AUGGAUCGGCCGACUGCCUCCUUCGAGCCGCUGUGUUACAUGGUCGAUGGAUGCCAGAAAUAUAUACCUGCCCCACCUGCGCCUGCACAGAUGCAGCCCCCGCAAGCAGUGCCAGACACCGACCCUUUUGCAGACUCGGAGUACGACACCCUGAUGGAACUGUAUAACAGGAGGCUUGAGCACGCAGCAAAAUUAGUGGAUUAA